GUUGUUCAAAAAUUCGAGUACGAUGUAGUUUCUAUCAAAAAAUCACAUUGAAUAGAUGUCCUUUGGAAUAUUACAAAUGUCAAAAUAAUAUUCGACCAGAAAUUAUUGCUCGAGGUCUACUAACAAGUGGUUAUUCGAGUAAUCAACACAAUGAAAACAAUGAUCCGGUCACUAAACCGAUCAAUGUCGAAAAGUGUUCACAUGGCUCAGUAAUGGAUCUCACCUCACAUCAACCAGCCAUUGGUGGAAUCAAUAAAGAUACGAUUAUUCCAAUCUAUUCACCUCGUUUCGAUCUUCAUUACGAAGCCGCCAACCGAGCAGUAAUUGCAACCGAACGAUUUUUCGAUGAUCUUCGUCGUGAUUUGGGUAAUGAUAAGUUCGAUCAUCUGUUUGCCAUUCAUCCAACGGCCGAAGAAUUGCAUGCAGCAUCGAAAGCCAUUGCUCAUAUGCGAAAAUGGCAAUUUUUCUCCCCGGCCAUCUCCAGUGGUUUGACAUUGGUCUAUUCAUUAACAGUUCAUUCAACUCAGUUCAUGUUUUAA